UUACUAGGAAUCAUAUUUGUCUUUGUUACGUCAUUCCACCGAGGAUAUCCUGUGGUGUAAACAUUUAUUUAUCCAGCAGAUGGCGGUAGCGCAACCAGUGUUCUGCCAGGACCAGAAGAAGAAUGAUAGAGCAGAGAAAGCGAAGCUGGGCUGCCGACCAUCAUCAUAUCAUCGCGAUGUCUUUGUAAAAGGAAAACAAAAGUCAGAACCAGCAUCCCGAUCCAACACGGAGCCUUUAACAUGGCAGGCGAGGAGGAGAGGGGGGUGGUCCGCGUUAAAGUCAAGGUAGGACCGAUGCGGUUCGAGCACCGACAGACUAUCAGCUGUGGUUGUAUCUCUUUACAGAGUUCUGUUGUUUGUGUAACAGACGCACAGAUACCUUAAUUAUGACACGUCGAAACAAUGACAGUGGAGCUGGCUUUAAAUCGGUGUCUUUGGCGGGUUCCCGACUAACUGUCAGUAUAAAAGGGUUUGUUUGUUUACCGUCAGCUGUGCCUGUGACAGCUUUAUUCUAGCAGGAUUUGGACCGAAUGUAACAUUCACGGUCAACAAAAGUUCUGACAAUCGCGCGUGUGCGUGAUGCUCUUUUUUGUCACAAACAGUGUUAAUAUAGCUGUUUAAAAUUUCAUGAUCCAGAACCAUGAAGCCCUUGCUGUCUAAGUGACGUCACCUCACUGUUCAGCUCAUACGUGCGUCUAACCAGGGAGAUGCACGUAAUGACGUCAAACGUUAGUUGGAGGCGUUAUGAGGUUAAUAGCAACAGAAGCAUCACCACGGGCACAUGCAUUUGGUGUUGAAUUUUGGCAUCAAAUUUGGAUGUAGUCACCGAGUGUGUCGUAAAAAUCGCCAGCAGGAAACGUUUUUACAACGUACGUACGUUAAUAUAAACUGACUGUAAUUGCUUUUCUCUAUUUUCCCUCUUUGGGUUUUUUUUUUAGAUUAAGGUGUGUUCAGGCAGAAUGUGUUUGACUAUACAAAUUACUUUAUUUGUUGCAAAAAUGGCUUAUUCAAUGUCAUCUGUCACUGACAGAGUGUAAACAGAUGUGAGUCAGAAAAUGAAUUUCCGUUUAUGUCUCUUAAACACACAGCAACAGGGGAGUGUGUUGCUCAGGGUGAGAGGCCCAGGUCUUCACUCAGACAUGCUUGAACAGAGUGUGUUUUAUAGUAUGAUACUGUGCAUGUCAAUGAUAAGGGCCAUGCAUUAUUACAACAAAUAUACAAAACAAGGUGUUGGUGUCUGUUUUUGGUGUGUUUACACUCAGAAAUGCGACAGCGUUCUUCCCGUGGAGUUUCGCUCCUUUGCUGUUGAUCCUCAGAUUACAUCCCUGGAGGUGCUGCAGCACAUACUGAUUCGAGCCUUUGACUUGAAUGGGAAGCGUAACUUUAGUAUCAGUUAUCUGUCACGAGACAGAGGUGGUACUGAAAUGUAUCUGACUCUGGCGUCUGACUGGGAUUUGGACGCAGCAUUUGUCAGUGCUGCCAAACCAUAUCUACAGCUCAAGAUGGACGUAAAGCCUUCAGAGGACAGUCCUGUUAUGGAGGACUGGGACAUCAUCAGUCCCAAAGACGUGAUUGGCUCAGAGCAGCUUUUUGCAGACAAAACCAAGUCUCUGGCCUCUGCAGCUCUUCCCUUCACCCAGUCUCUAUUGUCCCAGAUGGGGCGAACCUUGUCCAAAGUCCAGCAAGCUUUCAGUUGGUCGUACGGGGAGGAGAUCAAACCUUUUAAACCUCCACUGAGUGACGCGGAGUUUCACAGUUACCUCAAUGGCCAGGGGCAGUUGACACGUCCUGAGGAACUUCGACUGCGGAUUUACCACGGUGGUGUGGAGCCUUCACUACGCAAGGUUGUUUGGCGCUACCUACUGAAUGUCUACCCAGAUGGACUGAGUGGACAGGAAAGAAUGGACUACAUGAAAAGGAAGACGAGGGAGUAUGAGCAGCUGAAGAGAGCAUGGACAGCACGGGUCAGUGAUGAGGAUCUCGAAUUCAUCCGCGGAAACGUUCUCAAAGACGUCCUGAGGACAGACAGAGCUCAUCCAUACUACGCCGGUUCAGAAGACAGUCCACAUUUGACUGCACUGACGGAUCUGCUCACUACAUUCGCCAUCACACACCCACAGAUUUCCUACUGUCAGGGCAUGAGUGAUAUCGCCUCCCCGAUUCUGGCUGUUAUGGACAACGAGGCGCAUGCCUUUAUCUGCUUCUGUGGCAUCAUGAAGCGUUUGGAGGGAAACUUCCGACCAGACGGUCAACUCAUGUCUAUCAAGUUCCAGCAUCUGAAGCUACUCCUACAGUACUCCGACCCAGAGUUCUACCUGUACCUGGUGUCCCGUGGCGCUGACGACCUCUUCUUCUGCUACCGCUGGCUCCUAUUGGAGCUUAAGCGGGAAUUUGCAUUUGAAGAUGCGUUAAGAAUGCUGGAAGUUACCUGGAGCUCCUUGCCUCCUGAUCCUCCGGAAACCGAAGUAGAACUGACCGGGCUACCGCUCGAGACCAGCGAAAACAAAGCAAGUCCAGCUGAAAACAAAGCAGCUGAGAACUUGGGUGAAGAAGACAAGGAGCAAAAAGAAAAGCAACGCAGGCGGCACAUGCUCAGACCAUCGAGAGAGGAACCAGAUAUGGUCAGAAAUGCUGUAGUGGAAGAUAGAAACAGGAAAAAUCUAGAUGCUGUAAAAGGAAGAGAGGGCUGUGAAUGUGCUGUCAGUCCAGUCAGUGUGGAGAAAGCAUCUCAUUUUGAGAGAAAAAUUAGUUUUGGAGAGUUUAAAUACUACACGGCAAAAAACAAUGACAGUUUUGACAUGGAAGAUGAGCAGCCGCAGGGUUUAGUGGCAUCCAAGUCAGUGCCUGACAUCCCAAGACGACAGUCCACUGUUGAGAGUGAGGAGGACCCAGGAGAGAAAACACCUCUCAUAAAAAACUGUGAAAAUGGAUUGUCCUCCACACCUCCUCCUCCCCCACCUCCCAGUGCUCUACCAAUAUGGGAACCUGCUUCCUCUGUGUCUCCUACAUCCUCAGCUUCACCAUCCAGCUGGCCAGAAGUUUCCCCAGACUCGCCUCCAAAAUCGAACUCUCAAUCCACAAUGAGUGGACGAGAGGCCUUGACAGCCACUGUGCAGAAGGUGUUGACUUCUUCUGCCCAACUUCUCAGCAGCACCGGGAUCAGCUCUCCAACAACGUCCACUGUAAAAACAUCUGCUGUCUCUCCGACCCACAUUCAGAAUCGUUCCCUGCUCUCUUCACCAAUCUUGUCCUUUGGAAGGGGCCCCUCUUUACCUGGGGGCAGACAGUCCCCCAACACCACAGCUGUGACUCCCAGUUCUGUGAAGGCGGACUCCACCACCAUCAAAUCGUGCUCUCUGCCACCUCCUCAGGAGUUCGGAAAGGGAAACCCCUUCAUGCUGUUCCUGUGCCUGUCCAUCCUGCUGGAGCACCGUGACCACAUCAUCAAAAACAGCCUGGAUUACAACGAAAUAGCCAUGCACUUUGAUCGCCUGGUGCGACGCCACAACCUCAGCCGCGUGCUGCAGCGGGCCAAGGCCUUAUUUGCAGACUACUUGCAGAGUGAAGUGUGGGACUCUGAGGAAGGGGACGAGGUGAGCUCCGACUCCCCGACCACAGUACAACACUCCCCGUCUGCACACAUCCCGGCCAGGCCCAUUUACAGCCCGCUAGCGUCACCUCAUUCAUCUCCAAACUCAACCUACAACCUCGCAACCACCAUUCCCUCCCCAACAGCCCAAGUUUCUCUGACCUCCACUUCCUGAAUUCAUCUUUUUUCCUCGACAGAAAACUGACUACAGCCUGUCUGAUGGCCGAGUCCAUCUUUUAAACCAGCCUUCCAAUUUAAAUUGGGCUGUUUAUAAUCUUCUUAUUCUGUGUAUGCUUGAAUAUAUAUUGGUAUUCCCCAUGUGCGUUAUCAAGACUGUGUAAUCUCUUGUUUUCUCAUGAACCUUUACAGCAGUCAGAACUGUUUUCUGGCCUUAGAAUAGAGAUUGACAGAGCUUUAUUCCUCCUGUUUUCUGUAAACGUUAAUUCAACAUUUGCAGUGUUGGACAGUCACAACAGUUCCAGGGUUAAAACUUACAAAUGUUGUUGUCAGCUGACAGUGUGAACCUUACGUUGUUGGAACUUGAAUUUCUUGAAUAUCUCUUGACGUAGGUGUAAUCCCGUGUCAGGUUCUAUUUAUCUGGUGAUGUCAGUGUGAUGUCAUCACCAACGAGGGUCGCAGGGUUUAAAAUGCAUGGGCAUGUACAAGUCCACCAAAGGGUUGUCAGUGAAAUGCAUGAUGGGAAAAGGACAAUCCAGGCGAUUUUUGGACUGUGACCCAUUUAUUGAAUGAAAAUGUAUUGAUGACAACUAAGGGUGUGUAGAGCAUCAGAGACCAUGAAUGAAAGCAGGGCGUCACUUGAUUCAAAUAAUGUUUAUGCAGUUAUUAUGGUGUAUGUAUUUGAGGGUGAGGAACCAACUGCAGUUCAUCAAACAUCAGACCAGACACGUGAAGUCAGCCUUUAAUGUCAGAUUUUUUUCUAAAUAGAUCAAAGUUAAUCCUAAUUCUGUUUUUUUAGGCCACCGACUUGAAAAAGCAGAAAAGUCCGUUUUUAGAGAAAAAACUGAUGCAAUAGACGUAGGUCAGAGGCCAAGCACCUGUGAGGAGAAUGUUUUCUCCUUCUCUUCACAACAUAAUACCAGUUGUUGCCAUUGGGCAGACACAAUGACAUCACACAGUUACCGUCUUGACUCUGAGCCAUUGAGACCCCUGUAGCAGCAACAAAACAAAACAGUGGGUCCUAGCUGGCAUCACCUUUGUCAUGUGGACUUGGUAAACAUUUUGCACAAUGAUUCUGUAGAGGGGAGAACAGUGUGAUGUUGAUCUUAAUGCCCUUCUGUUGAUACAGUGUUUGUGCUGUUGCACCACAGCCGUGGUUCUGGAGGUACUUUAGGUUUAGGUUGUUUUUUGUUUUUUUUUAGUUUUUGCUGUUUCCCAAAGACUUGGUUUUUAAUUUUAGUUCUUUUGCCUUAACAUUUUAAGAAUAUGAGGAAACUGCUGCAUACAAAAGAAUUUUAAAGGGCCUGUAUAGAGUAUUUGAUAUGGAUUUAAUACUUUUAAUAAUUGUGGUAAUAUAUAAUCACCUGACAAAAAUGUCCUGUUCUGGAAAUUGGUCUUCAUAUUACACCCUGAGGAGGUCAUAUUAGACAUGGUUAACUACACUUGUAGAGCAUAUCAUAAUGAAACAACCCUGCGUUAUCUGUCUAGGUUCUCAGUCAUCCAGGUCAUUUAAUCCAAAAAUAGUUACAUCGAGGGCAACUGGACAAAGUAGGUUUUUUUGCUUUAUGUUCAAAUUUUUUGGCGAAAGAGUGCCUCAUGUGUUUGAUUUACUGUAUUAGCCUUGAUUUUUCUUUUCUCACUCCCACCCUCACUCAUCAUGCUUUAAAUCAGGUUGAGCUAAGUCUCAGACUUUAUUAUUGUUAUUAAAGGUUACCAUUUGUGUUUGUUCACUGUAGAACAAAAAGGGUUUUCAAAAGCUAAUUUUGGAUCAACAAUAAAAUCAAAUUUAAUCAGGUUACACAAAUAUAAAACGUUUUAUAUAAAAUAUGUGUUGCAGCUUCACAAAGAUGUUUGCAUCUUUUUUUUUGCUUUUUUUGUAAUUACUAAUUUAUAAUUAAUAAUGUUUUUGGUUUUCUUUCCUUUUUUCGAGAUACUCCAAUUGUGAAAUGUUAAGGCCAAAAUUACAAGGUUUUGUCAGCAUCCUGAUGAAUUAGAAAUUCCUUACCUUUUUCUUAAUUUCACUCUUUUGUAAUGUCCAGUCUGAAGGGUUUUUGUUAAGUGACUUCUUAGACAUAGGCUGCUUCACUUGAUCAAUGUUUCAAAUGUUUUUUUUAUAGUUUCACAGAAGCCUUGCAUUGUGAAGGCCAAGUAGGAGGUGUGCUGAAGUUGGUACAAUUUUUUUGGUUCAGACACCAACUCCUUUAGAGGCAUUUGUCUAAAUGUGUAAUGGCUCCACUAAAGCCUUCUUUGAUCAAAAGUUCAGAUUAAUCCCAUGUCUAUAAACGAUCAAUGUGAUUAUUGUAGCGAUUUCUCUUACAGUAUACUUGCUAUGGCCUCCUUUUGUAAGCCAGUAUUUAAUAGCAUAUUCCUAAUGAACAUAGGUAAGCGGACUAGCUGGACUACAGGUGCAGAUGUGUUUGCAAGAAAAAUAAAAUCAUUUGUUUAUCUUAUUGAAUCAUGUACCUGCACAAAGAAUUUCUUUUUAAACAUACAACAAACAAAAGUGUGACUCAUUGUACAUGGGACACAAAUAAAUAUUCAUUGCAACUGA